AUGAAAGCAGCGUUUUACAAUCCAACUACGACCAGACUUAAAGAAGCGAUUUGCGACGGGAGAAUCUAUCAAACUCGGCACCUUAUUGAGAGCGGAGUGGACCUGAAUUUUGUGGACGAACAGGGUUUGACUCCUCUUAUGCAUGCCGCGCAGUUACCUGACGAGAAAUGUCGCACACGUAACAGCUUACUCAAACUCUUGUUGCAGCACGGUGCGAAUGUAAACAUCGUUGAUAAAAAGGGCCGACAUGUGCUGUCUAGGGCUUGCAUCGACGACAAAGAAGAUAUUGUUAGACUACUGGUUAAUGUCGCUAAACAGGACGUUGAUUUGAACCAACGAGAUUUCGACGGAAACACAUCAGUCAUGCACUCCGUUCGCACAGGUAACGCCACUUUAGUGAAAUUUAUAGUUAGCGAACUGAAUAAGUUUCAAGGUGACAUAGAUGUUCGAAAUCUCGAAGACAGAACACCUUAUUUGGAGGCCAAACGACUGGGGAAUGAAGAGUGUGUGACUAUCCUGUUGACUGACGGGAAUGCGUCUACAAAUAUUCAGGUGAAUCCUUUUUUGGAUUUUAUGAGCGUAAAAGAAGAGAAAUCUUGGAACGGCAAGGUGCGAGGUGUCGAGGAAAGUAAAUAUGCUGCGAUUAGCAACUCUGCUGGGAGGAAACAAUCUAAUCCCCGGAAUAUUCAAAAGAAACACAUUCCUACAAAGAAGACCCCUACUUCGAAUGGCGAGAAAUCUUCUUCAAACAACGAAAGGGUCUUGAAAAGGAAGACGAGCUCACCUAGAAAAGUUUCAAGUGCAAGUUUAGUGACUGUAGACACCAAACACAUGGAAAAGUCUCAGUAUGCCCGCCGGCGUAAAUAUGCGUGGCAUGAGAGAAUUAUGAAACACCCGAUAUCACGCAAGGAGGAAGUUGAGAAAGUAUUAGAAUUGGCCACAACAGAAUUAGAGAGGGGGGCGGAUGACGCUAACCCAGACGGCAUCAGUGAACUCAGUUGCUCAUUUAACACUAAAACAUCUUUUAUUGAAAGACAAGCAAUCGCAAAUUCUAAAGGACAAACGCGUCGGGUGAUAAAUACAGUGUCAAAUGCUACUUCCGUUCGAGCGGAUACAAUUCGGCGAAGUCGAAAUAUCAACACAAAGUUGUAUCCAAAUUCUGCUGUUGACCGAAAAUCAAAAGAAAUUUCCAUAACACGCAAUCAUGAUCGUUCGUACCCUUCGCCAAAAACUUCGGAGAAUGUUGCUGUGGACGACGAGUACAGCUGGUAUUCACACUUCAGUGUCUAUAAUUCCCCAUCGGUGUCUUUUCUUACUAAAAUAAUGGCCAUUUAUGCGGAGCAAAUGUCCCCCGACUCUUCUUUUCGUUUCGGUGCCGGCCCGGAGAGGACUACGAAGAAACCCGACGAGCCGAUGGUGCCAAAGAUCUCUGUCGUAGCUAUGGGGGCCAAUGAAGACCUGCGAUCCGAAGGAGGUCGCUGUUCUCCAUCAAGGUCAGCGCUGUCUAGCCGGUGCAACAGUGCUUCAAGCACCACCUCGAAUCGUAGAUUCCAGUCGGCUGUAUCAAGAACAGUUGCAUCAUAUUUAUCAGGGAAAAGAUCUCUUUCAACGCUCAAAGUACAGGAUGUAGAUUUCUGA